CGGUUAGCCCUCAUAGACUGCGUCAUUGCUUCAAGCGCAAAGAUUUAUGGUUUAUUUUUGAUUCCUUGAUCACGCGUGAUUCACAGUACACGUCAGCUAUACAAGUAGCACUCAACGUCCCCGCGAGGAGCGCAAAAAUCAAGCGCACACAUCGAUUGGCUGGUGGCCUUGUGAGGGCCAGGACUGAGUCAGUUCUAGUGUGUGUGUGUGUGUGUGUGUGUGUGUGUGUGUGUGAGAGAGAGAGAGAGAGAGAGAGAGAGAGAGAGAGAGAGAGAGAGAGAGAGAGAGAGNGAGAGAGAGAGAGAGAGAGAGAGAGAGAGAGAGAGAGAGAGAGAGAGAGAGAGAGAGAGAGAGGAGGAGGAGGAGGAGGAGGAGGAGUCUUUUUGGCGGGGCGCAUGUGUGAUUAGCUCGGCCUGCCGUGAUUUCGGGUCCGCUUCCGAAUCAAUGAGCGGCGUUGAGGUCGCUGCGGCGCUGCCGCAUGAAUGUGGAGAUGGCGGCAAAGAUCGGCAAAAUCUGGGGACAGAGGAAGAAGUGGUGGAAGGAAUGGAAGAAGCCACUGCUACAGCCGUUGAGGCGAGCGCAGAGGAGACGACGUCCGCGACGAAACAAGGGAAAGUUUUGUUGCCUCUUGGCGUUGGGAAGGAUCACUUCAAAGAGGCCACGACGGCUAUGGCGCCCGGAUUGAUUGCUGUUCAACCCGGGGGAUCGGCAGUGGCAGUAGCGAUAGGCGCCGGCCUGCGAAUCUUUGACAUCGCAAAAGGGCAAGCGGUCACUCUGCUCGACGAGCAGGGAAGGCCAGACAGGCAUGGAGACUCUAUCAGGGCAUGUGCUUUCCAUCCCAGUGGACGGUUCUUUGCUUCCGGAGGGGACGAUAAGUUGCUGAAGCUCUGGGACACUGCCACGUGGCAAUGCCGCCGCAAUAUCCGUCAUCCGAAGAAAAUCAGCGCUCUAACUUUCAGCGCAGACGGUUGUUGGGUGAUAACAGCGGACAAGUUUGGAGUUGUACACGUGGCCGCCGCUCAUGAUGCCACAACAGUAGAGCUUUGUGGCGCGUCCGCUGAUGAGCAUGCCGAUGGAGAGAAGACCGAUGUCGAUCAACCGACGCAACUGCUGGCGCAUUACAGCAGCAUUAUCACGAGCGUAGCUGUCUCGGACGAUGGCCGAUUUGUAGCAAGUGCAGAUAGAGAUUUCAAGGUUAGGGUUAGUGUAUUUCCUCGGCAGCCAAAAAGGGGCGCGCACGAGAUUCAGAGCUUCUGCCUCGGUCACACACAGUUCGUGACCUGUGUGGCAUUUGUGUGCGACAAGCGGUCUACCACCACGGAGAUAGAUGCGUCUGGGAAUCCAGACUCGACGACGAGUCCUCCACCUAGCCUGGGUGCUCUUCUCGUAUCUGGAGGGGGGGACGGGACAGUGAGACUCUGGGACCACCAAUCAGGGGUGCUUCUGGACACUCUUUGCCUAGAUGAUCACUAUGCCGACCAGUGCGGGGAAGGGGAGAGGAAACAACACGGCGGCGGCGAUGGUGGGCGCUUGUCACCGUCGACUUGCGCGGCAGAAGCUCAAGAAGACGAGCACGAGGAGGAAGGAGGAGGAGGAGGAGAAGAAGAAAACGGGCAGAAGCGAUAUGGCGGACGCAUUGCUCAGGGAGUACGCGGACCGAGAGCUGUGAUCGCGAUGGCCGUUGGCCAGGAUGGCCGUUCCAUCGCUGUGGUAUUGGAAAGUGUAGAAGCGAUCGCAUUGUUGAAGUGCGAUUUCCUUAGGCAGAAGCUUGAGGUCAUACAAUGGGUAUCUGUGAAGGGCAACUCUGCCCCCACCAGUUUGUGCUGGGAUCCGUGCAGUCGCGGUCGUCUGUGGGCUGUAUCGGGAGCUGUGGAGGCACAUGAGAGUGGAGAUGCAGAGAUGACACCUGAGAGCAUUACAGCACUGGAGGACUGGGCGGCGGCAGUGUCAGCAGCAGCUGCUGUACGCCUCGUAAUAGUCGAUCAGAAGAAGAAAGUAUCUGCGCAAACCCGUCAGGGGUGUCAUCCCCUUCUUAGCAGCGCUGCCACAACAGCAACUGCUGCAGGUGCAGCAGCCAAAGGAGGAGGAAGAGGAGGAGGAGAAGGAGAAGGAGAAGAAGGGGUAUCAGUGCCGGAAGUGUCAUCUUAUCAUCGUCGUUCUCUAACAAAAGAAGCUGCAGGAGAAAUUUCUGCUGGGGGUGAUGGAGAGGGAGGGGGGACGGAACAACAGCACGGGAUUAAGGGAUUGGACGAGACCCUAUAUGUUGUCGUGGACGCCUGGAAAUUGCCGAACGGGAAGGAGACGAAGGCAGUGCUGGAAGGAAAGAGCAUAGAUCCGGCAGCAGCAGCUCUAAGUGUCGAGAGAGCAGCGCAAGCAAUGAAAAGCAUUAUGUGUAAAAGAACGUACACGGAAGAAGAGAGAGAAAAGAGAAAGAGAAUGAGAAACGAUAAGAAAGUGGGGACGAAUAGAGGCGGUGAACGAAGCAGGAGAAAUUUAUGAUGAUGUCCAGGGGGUUUCAUAAACCCCUCGUGUUAUUCGUUGAAAAACACAUACAGGUCGUAACGGCCAGGUACGCCUGCCUUAACACACCCGGCAGAGGCACCGGAGGAGUUCCGGAAACAGGUUCUUGAGCAACAGAGGUCGCAUGGAAGGCGGGAAAUAUCCUCCAUCCGCUAGGGCAGAGAGUGUGGAGCUGUUGGGUCUUGAGAAUGCCACCCCUCAUUAUGUACAAGUGCCUGCGGCAGUCGUGGAUUCUCACAUCUACUACCGCCCCGCCAACGAGGACGAUUUGCCGAGUAUUAACGCGCUAGAGCUAGAAAGCUAUCCCUCGGAUGAAGCUGCAUCCCCUUCCACAAUGCAUUACCGAAUGACUCAUGCUCCCUCGUUCUUCCUCGUGGCCGAGCGAAUGAGCGCAAAUGGAGAGAAGAGGAUCGUAGGUUAUGUCUGCAGUACUCUUUCUUUCAUUGACAAACUUGGUCACAGCACUAUGUUUGUACACGAUCCAUCGGGUUCCUGUUUGUGCAUCCAUUCUGUGUGUGUUGAUAUGACUGAAAGAAGAAAGGGUAUUGGUUCGCGCCUUCUGCAAGCUUACGUGAGAUACAUUGCAGCUACAGCGGCAGGUCAAGUCAAGACGAUCCGACUGCUGUGUAAAGAGCAGCUGGUGCCUUUUUAUUGCAUGGCAGGGUUUUCUGUAGUGGGCCCAUCCGAUGUUGUCCAUGGACGCGACCAAUGGAUAGAGUGCAUGAUGACGAUGCCAGAAGAUUCAAGUCUAUAAGCUUUGUGGAGGUUGACUCCCUAGCCAGCAAUGACCGUGAGGUUCAAGCAACAGGAUGCCUCUACUGCCUGCUCCGAAAUAGAGCACACUAGAGCACAAUAGAGCACACUAGAACACAGUAGAAUAGAAUAGAGCAGACUAGAACACAAUAGAACAGAAUAGAGCACAAUAGAACACAGUAGAACAGAAUAGAGCACAAUAGAACACAGUAGAACAGAAUAGAGCACAAUAGAACACAGUAGAACAGAAUAGAGCACAAUAGAACGC